ACACGGAGGCAGUUCUCCUCUCUGUCUGUUCUGUCUUUAGUAUCUUAACGGUGAGGUGAAUGUAAAUCUCGGUAUGGAGGACCGCGGCUCUAGUUUCCCCCCCCCGUCGGAGACACACAAACUCACCGGACAAUUAAGGCGUUAAAGGGCACAUACCGGCCGGUUGUCAACGGAAAACGCCGCUGCUGUUGUUUUAUCACAGUGAGGCUCACUAAUGUUUACUUCUUCUUCUUCCUCCUCCUAUUCUUUUUAUAUCUACGCGUCUUCGAAAACAGAUGCCCUGCUCGGGAAGUUACGGACAAAACGCGGAUAGAUCCGCCAAGCCGUCUUCUCCAAUUUUCAAGAGGAGCUCUCCCCCGAAGGAUUUCUUCUUCUCUGAGCCUGCUCUUCUUUGACCACAACAAGAGACUCUCCAGCCCCUGCAUCAAGGUACAGAAAGGAAAACCUCCUCCUACUCAGAUCGGUGCUUCUGAAAAAUGAGCUGCCAAUGAAUCACCUUCAAGGUCAUCAGUCAUCUUUAGUUGGCCCGGGGGUCUUUUAGAAGGUCAGACCUCCUCGCCACUAUGAAAGGGUUGGGGACCAACCGUAACAGACACCUGUCCGAAUCCUGUGAGCCUCCCUCCGGUCAUCCAGAGGCCCUCUACUCUCACAAGACCUGCACCAUCCCACGCAGCCCUUACCUGCUGAGCCCCACAAUGGACCACUACGGCACCAUGGACCCUCACCUCUAUCCUUCAGCCAACCAAGGCUCCCUUCCACCAGAGUGCAUGCUGCCACUUAACAACCAGCUGUCCAACAGCAGCACCUUCCCCAGGAUUCACUACAACUCCUACGACCAGUCUGACUUCUCCCCACCUGGAGACAGCAUCGGGGGGAUUAGCACAGGGACCAUGGGCACCUCCAUGUCAUUGGGACCGGGUAUGGGCAUGGGCAUGGGCAUGGGCAUGGCAGGGCUCAGUGGACGAACACCUAUGAUUACGAGCGGUUCAGCAACAAUAUCACAUCACAUGACAAAGAACCAGGCACCAUCCAGUUUGAUGGAGUUUGAUAAGCAGCUACCUGGAGGUCGUGACGGGUUCAGCACAUUGCAGUUUCACAGAACGUCAGCUGUUGCUGCCACCAAGCAGCAAACAGACAGUCCUGGUCGCAUCCGCUACAUGCUGCACUCAGUGCAGAAGCUCUUUGCAAAGUCCCAGUCGCUGGAGAGCCAAAACAUGAAAGGAAAUGUCAAUGGACGCUCCACUGGCAGCGGUGGAGGCUCGUCUAGCACCGAAGACGGAGAGAAAAAGAAUCGAAGAUCUAAAAGUAAAGAUCGUGGUACAAAAUCAGAGGCCAAACGAAGACCACGCUCCAACAUGUCAGGCUAUUGGAGCUCAGAUGAUUUGGACAGCAGUGAUUUGAGCAGUUAUCAUAACACCAUGUCCAUGAUGACAAUGGGGCGUCCACCUGGACAUGACAGUCAUGCGGGCCAGUCCAGAUACAUCCAAAGUGGAUACAACACUAUCAGCUCCUCUAAAAGCAGCAAUAACAUGAAGUAUCAGGCACACACUGGGCCUGGGGGCGGAGGAGGUGGUGGACUAGGUGGAGCAGGAAGAAUGGCAAUAAAUGAUAAUGACUACAUGAAAGGAGGGUCCUGGUCCACACUGACCAUGGGCCAGCCGAGACCGGUGAUCCAGAAAGGCUCUGCUACUCUGGACAGAUCCAUGCUCAAGUCCAGAUCCUGCCAACCUGAAAUGAACUGCAACUACCUGCAGGUUGGACGAAGGGGUGAUUGUAGUAGCACUUUAGGUCGCCCUGGGGGUGCCAAUGAAAUACCGUGUCGGCGGAUGCGCAGUGGUAGCUAUGUGAAGGCCAUGGGAGACCUGGAAGACAGUGACGACUCCGAGGGAAGUCCCAAACCUUCGCCAAAAUCCGCCGCUCGUCGCCAGAGCUACCUAAGGGCAACGCAGCAGUCUCUGAGCGACCAGCUUCCCCAACGCAACUGUCUUCCAUCUCUCAGAGAGAUCUCCAAUAAUCGCAGCCUGGACAACCUAGACUGCAUUGGGGGUACAGUCUCCUCUUUGCCCCCCUGGGAUGAUGAUGACUUCAGCCAGGCCUGCAGCACCUUGGGCAGACGUAGCUGCUUGGGACAGCUACGGGACCUGGAAAUUAGUCAACAUUACGAGGACCGCAGCUCCGAGUCCACAUUCAGAGAUUCCCGUUCCCAAUCUCAGGACAACCCAGAGCCUCUAGACUUGCCCAUGCCAACAUGCUUCCGAUCCCGCAGCCACAGCUACCUGAGAGCCAUCCAGGCUGGCUGUUCACAAGAUGACGACACAGCAUCCAUGGACUCAGGCUGCUCUCCGCCCCCGAUUGACACUACUGUACGCACCUACAGCAGCAGCACUGACGACCUUUCUGCACAGUGGAAGACAUGGAAAGAACAGUUUGGCUCUUACCUGAUAGCCACUGGCUUGGACAAAGCCCCAAAGGAGAAACAGCUUGCAAUUUUUCUUCAGCGUUUGGGGACAGACAGACAACGCAUCCUACCACACAAAGUUUCCACAUGCAUCACCACCUGUAAGAAGGUCGCCCCUCCACCAGUGCCCCCCCGUACAACCUCCAAGCCCUACAUCUCUGUGACGGUGCAGAGCAGCACAGAGUCGGCCCAGGACAACUACCUGGACCAGCAGGACCGGAGGUCGGAGGUCACCAGCCAGUCGAGCCACGCUCACAGCAACUCCUCUGACAGCCUCGACAGCACCCGCGCCAACAGCCUGGCCCGGGGUAUUCCCCGCCCUCCACACAUCUUCCACACUCCCAUCGCCAUCCCCAGAGACCCAAUCGCCCCCUCCAGAAGUAACGCUUCCACUGAGACGUGUGACGCAGUCGUCCAGCAUGAAUCAUUGAGAUCAGGAUUUAACAGAGGGAAUCUAGGGGCAGAGGAGCCCCUGGUGGCACCAGUACCCAGGCGGAAACUGUCCUCCAUUGGUAUACAGGUUGACUGUAUCCAGGAAGUUCAACAGGAAGAGACCCCGCCAUUGGCCAAAUUUCAGUCCAUCGGAGUACAGGUGGAGGACGGGUGGCAGCUCAGUCGCUCCAGUAGCAUGGCCUCAAAACAAGAAACUGACUCAGACACACAGGACAUCCCUGUCAUCUCCCAAAUCAAUAAGGCCAAACAUUUUGAAAAGAAAGUCAUGGUCAACAGUGCCAGCCAAUCCAUGAGCUCCCCUCCAGGACAGGACCAUUUAGACAACGGAGACACUACCGGGGACAUCUCUUCACCUCCACCGCCAAGGCAGAUCCUCAAGCGCUCCACCACACGAAGUAGCUCUUCCUCCUUCUCAGAAAGUCUGGACCCAGCGCUGGACCCCUCAUCUCUCCCACCUCCGGACCCCUGGCUGGAGAGUGGGAAUGGGAGUAGCAGCAGCGUUCCCCAGAGCGGAGGAGCGGGGACGCUGUGUCGGAGAGACGGCCACUGGUUCCUGAAGCUGCUGCAGGCCGAGACGGGACGCAUGGAAGGCUGGUGCCAUCAGAUGGAGCAGGAGACCAACGACAACCAGCUCUCAGAGGAGGUGCUGGGGAAGGUUCGCAGUGCAGUAGGAUGUGCCCAGCUCCUCAUCUCCCAGAAGUUCCAGCAGUUCCGGGGACUGUGCGAACAAAACUUGAAUGUGAAUGCCAACCCGCGGGCCACCGCCCAGGACCUGGCAGGGUUCUGGGACCUGCUGCAGCUCUCCAUCGAGGACAUCAGCCUCAAGUUUGACGAGCUCUACCAUCUCAAGUCCAAUGACUGGCAGUCCGUGCCGUCUGCGGCCGCCCAGUCGCCCCCUGAGCGGAAGGUACUUCCCACCCCUGCUGCCCAGUGCGCUGGCUGGGGACGAGGAGAAGGAAACCGCUCCGGUGUCAAAGAAACCCGGUAAGGGGCGACCAUCGCUGGGCCGUGAGAAGAGCGCAGACUCUGCAUCCACCUCUUCUUCGGCUUCAGCAGAGAAGCAGAGACACGAGGCUCGCAAGCGUCUACUGGCUGCGAAAAAGGCUGCCUCGUUUCGCCAGAACUCCGCAACAGAGAGCGCGGACAGCAUCGAAAUCUAUGUCCCUGAGGCCCAGACUCGCCUCUGAAAGAGACUGAGAUAGGAAAGCCAUUAUGGUCGGAUCAAAGGACAGAUAAGUCGCUGAAAAACCUGGAAAACUGAGAGGAAAACUUUUGCAGUGCAACUGAGCUACUCUGAGUAAAUAUGGAUGGAGGUGUGGGGAGGAGAGAUGAAAUUCCCAGAGAUUGGGGGGGGGGGGGGUUGGAUUUGGGCAUUUUUGACACACACUUAUACAGUUAUAGGCUGUUCCUGGUGGCUCCAAAUGCUUAUAACAAAAAGAAAAUGAAAAUGACUGGACUCGACAGACUUUGAAGCGGGUGACUCCUCGUUUGAGGCUGCCAUUGAAAACCUCAGCUGAUUUUGUCAUUUCUUGUUCCUACUCUUGAUAUCAUAAAAUUGUUAAUGAAAGUAUUGUUAUAAUGACAAUUAUAUCCUAAAGAAUAUAUAUGAAGACUGUUUUAAACAUUCCUCUAACUUGGCUAUAAGAUCUAUUAAGUGGACAGAAGGCAAACAUUAAUGCUCUUCUGUCUUUCAUCGUCCUCCCCUCUUCCCAGAUCAUUGGCCAUCUUGUAGCUUUGCACAACACCGCCCUGUGGCCAUCACACACACACACACACACACACACACACACUGCGCACAUGUCUACUGCAUCGACACACACUACAAACUCUCGCCUAUGUAUGUCUUCCUUGUAUUUAUUUGUUUAAUUUACUCAUCCUUUUGUUUUGAAUAGAAAUCCACUUUAGAUCUGGUAAUUAUGAAUAUCUUUGGUAUGAUGAAGUUGACUUUCAGAUUUGAAGGGGUAUUUAUAUAUUUCCUAAUAAUUAGCACUUGUGUGUGUCCUCCAAAAUGUUAUUGUGUCAAAGAUUUAAACAAAUCUAUAAAGUUUAAAGAAUGACUUUAAAUGAAAGCACAUCACAAAUGUAAUGAUGACUUAUCAUGAGGAUCUCUUUUUCAAUCAGAAUGUCAGCACCCACAAUAAUGCUGAUUAUUAUUAUUUGUUCAACACUUUUUAAAAAUCUCUUUUUUUAAUCUCUGUCCCAUUAAUUUUUGUUUUCAAUGUGCUGUAACUUCAGAUUCGUAAAUAUUUUGGUCAGGACUUGUUCCAUCUGGUUGUUUAAUAGCUUCUUUAAGUGCUUUUAUUAACCUCACUUAGCAUUCAACUCGUAGAUCUUAAAUUAAUGUAGGGCUUUUAUUGAAGUAAUGCAGCAGGCUGAGCAUGCAGGAUAACAUUAUGGAAUUUCUCAUAAGGGUCUCGCUGUUAUUUUUAUACAAUGUUUCUAUAAGUCUUUUGAUUUAUUUUGCCUCGAAUCACUCUGCGAAAUGAAUCUACGUUCCAUUAUUUUUUCCCCUUAUUGAACGUCAUUCAAAGUACCUGCACUUUUUUUAUUCCAAGAAAAGAUAUUUAAUUAAAGCAUUAAAUACAUUAGUCUUUGUGUUUUCAUCAUUUAUUAAAUGCUGCUUGUUUUUUAUGUUUUAUUUUGUAUGGAAGACGGCAAAGCCAAAGAUGAAUACACUGUUUUACAUUCAUCUGACAUACUGUAUUUAAAUGUAGUCAUCAGAGAGCUAAAUGAGGAAAAUAGAGAGGAGCGUAGCCACAGCACCACAUGUAAUACAGGUUUAACAUUUUGAUGCACAUGCCAGGAAACAACAGCCCAGCACUACAACAAUACUGACGAACUGCUUAGGAGUGACCCCUCCCCUUCUCAGCCUGGAAACUCACAUCUUCGAGUAUUUAACUUCUGACCUCUAGGGGGCAACAGUGGUUACAUUUCAAUCCAAAAUACAAUACAUUGGAGUACACUGUAUGCAUACAAUGAAAAUACAUACUCAUUAUAAGCCAACCGUCAGCCCUGCCCUAUUUUGCAUUAAGAGGACACAUUGUGUGGAUUACAUAUAUAUAUACAGACUCCUCUGUCUUAUUUGACACCAGUUCUCAAAUCAAAGAGGCCUCUUGGUUCACGACUCAUUCCAAGACACUCUUUAGGAUCUCACAGUAGAAGUACACAUCCAACCAAAAAGUCAAUCCUGACUUGCCUUGCAUAUCCUUCAGUGGUCCACCUGUCUUCCACUCAAAUUUGAUAACAUCCAAUUGCUAAGCAAACCUAACUUCCCUUACCUAAUUAGUUAUGUUAAACUAUUGCAGUUGCAUAGCUUUGGCUGCUGCAAUCAUCACCCACUGUGACCCAGAAAUGCAGCCUGGGGCUUUGAAUUGAAAAAGCCUGAUGACCACUAUUCUCUCUCUAUCUUGGCAAGAGCUUUCUCUUGAUGGCGGGCCUUUUGUGUGUUGUGUUUGCCAGCUGGGGAUGACUCUCAGCAAGGAAAAUGGCUCAGGGGUGUCAAUAGUCUGUUCCCUGGUUGCUGUCAAUGCCCCCCACCCCCAUCUCUAUUUUAGUAGGGUGGAUUGCAUCGUUAGCACCUGAAGGCCUUUUGUGUGACUUGAACUCAGACGUUUACGUGAUUUAAUUUGACUGCUAGGAAAAAGUUGUGUCUGACAAGUUGUGUUUAUCCAAAAGAAGAUGUGUGUUGUCAAAUUAGGUUCCUUCCAGUUUCACCAAUUUGAGAAAAUGUUAUAUAGAAAAAAUGUAUUGAUCUAUAUGUCACAGAUAUCAAAUAGUCAGUUGUAAAAAUUACUGCGUCUUGUGUGUGCAAGCAAGCUAGCUUAAAAUAUAUUGAAAGAACUAGAUUUGAAUCUCUAAUGCCAGAAUAUGUUUAACAUUUGAACAUUGUUUCCCCACUUGACACAUUGUCAGGUCAAAACUAUGCUGUCUGUCACCCUUCCUCACACAAAACCUAGGUCUCCCCAACUUGAACGCAGAUCAAACACAAUGUGCCAUAACCUAGUAAGUAAAGGAGGCCAGAGAAAGUUUUCCUACAAUCUAACCAUCAAAAACUGAAAGACAAUGCUUUUGCUAGACUGCAAAAACUUGGAUGUGUAAAAUGUCAGUCCUGUCAGUGACAUAUUUACUAAGAGAGAAGAGAGCUGAUCUCAUACAUUCAAACAAGGCUUCCCUUCAAUACACACAGAUAUCACUGGGACACACCAGGUCUAUGUUCUAGGAAAGGUUAUCCAUGAUCCAAAUGGCUACACUGUGGGGGGAAGGGGGUGGGUUGAUGUUGGUGUAAAGCCAUUGAUUUGAGGGCGAUAAAGGUUCCUUAUAUAGGUUUGAUGCAUUUGGCCUUUGAAAGUCAAAACUGUCAUUUCAUCAUUUGCUUAAACUGCAGUCUGUUUUGGUAAAGCUUCAUUUUCAAAAGUCAAAAGGGUAUUCAACACUUGUUUUCAGCUGCACUCCAUAAUGUCUCUCCUUCAACCACAAAUAGUGAAGUUGGUCAAAUGUAUUAUCAUCCAUAAAUGCAAGAGAAAACAAGUUUAAAUGUCAAGCAAGAACUAAUCAAAUCAUUUAUAAUGUUGCUAUGGUCCAAUUUGUAACAUAUAUUCCAUGAUACAAAUGUACCUUUUAAUGUGUUGCUUUUGUUCCUUCUCACAUCACACAUAAGAAGUAAAUUCUACUGUUUAAGAUGUAUUUUUCUGCAUUCCAGGGCUGAAACAAGUUUGAUCUGUAGAGGCUACAAGAAAAGAGAGACAGUUUAAUCCCUGGAAGAGAGCAUACCUCAGUGAAUCCACUCCCAUACAGUACUCCAAAGGCCUGAUAGCAAAAAAAGGCCCAGCUCAUUAGCAUCUGUGCUUUGUUCAAUUUAGGGCAUAAAACUCGGAAAGGGGUGAGGGGCAUAGCUCGUACUACGAGAGAUGUGUUAAAGCAAAAGGUGUAUGUAGAAAUACUAGAACAAAUAUUUUAGGAAGCAAGCACAUAUUUUAAAGACUAUGAUGUGUUCAGUAUAAUACUCUAGGCUGUGUGUAUGUCAGAGUUGUGGGGGUUUAGUAUAAAAGAGUUGUAAUGUUUGAGAAGAAGUUGUGAGUGAGAAGGUUUGUAGUUCAUGGAAUAACAUUUAAAGUAUAUGUGCAAUACUGAGUAAAGGGGUUAAUUGAUAUUGAACACUUAUAGCAUUGCAUUUCUCGCCCCUGUGCUUCUUAAAGUUGUCUUCUGUAAAUACACCAGACUGAAAAUCUUCAUAUUUUACAAUGCUGUAGAUCUAUUUAUACAAUUUCAAGGUUGUUAAAAUGUAUAAUGGAGAGACGUAACAUAUAAUAAAAUGCACACGAUACUUUC